AUGGUGGAUUUUUUAGCUGAAAAUAAUUUAUGUGGUCAAACGAUUUUGAAUCUGGUAUCAUGGGGUAAUGCCAUCAUUGCUGAACUUCUAAGAUUAUCAAAAUUUAUUCCACCUGUCUUCAGACCUGAUGCUUGUUUGAAACCUGAAUUCACAAAAUAUGUGGGAUUGUUGUUCGACUUUAGAUAUUUCAAAAACUCUGAAUACUUUGAAGAAAAUAUCAUCUCAAAACCUGGAUUGGAAGAAUUGGAUGAAGAAUUUAAAGAUAAUCAUUUAGAAAUUCUGACUCGAUUCUACCAAGUGUUUGAAAGCAUUACUAAAUAUAUCAACGAUCUCAACAGGUCGUUUGUUGAAGAUCUCAAUGAAGGAGUGUUCAUCCAGCAGUCACUGGAGUCGGCACUUCAAAAUGAAGAUGGGAAGCAAUUGAUGUGUGAGUCAAUAUAUUUGUAUGGAGUGAUGCUUCUCAUCGUCGAUCAAAACUUCGAAGGCUCGGUCCGCGAGAAGAUGCUCGUCUCUUACUAUAGAUACAGUGCCUCAAAAAUGUCAUCAGAAUCCAACCUUGAUGAUGUUUGCAAAUUGCUUCGGGCAACAGGAUUUUCACUGGCACCAAAUUCAAAGAGACCAACUGAUUACCCGGAAAGUUUUUUCAGUCGAGUGUCUCUCAAUUCAACAUUUGUAUCUAUGGUCUUGAGUCGGUUGCGGUCUGAUGACGUCUACAAUCAGAUUUCUGCAUACCCACUGCCCGACCAUCGAAGCAAUGCGUUGGCAACUCAAGCCUCAAUGUUGUACAUAGUUUUGUUCUUUGCACCGGAUGUUCUGCACCACCAACAUCACAUCAUGAGGGAAGUUGUUGACAAGUUUUUUCCAGAUAACUGGGUGACAAGUGUUUACAUGGGCUUAAUGGUCAAUUUGGUGGAUGCAUGGUCGCCUUAUAAAGCUGCUACAUUGGCGCUCAACGAUACCAUUGAAAGCAAUAAUAUAAAAUCACUGACUGUACGACAUAGUAACAAGGUUUUGGCAAUGUUGUCUACUCUUGAUAACAUUUUGCAAGAGGGUGUCUUAACAAAACAUUAUAUCUUGAAAAAUGUGAACAAGUUGUUGAAUGAUCUGAGGGACUGCAAUGUGGCUCUCAGGUGGCUCAUGCUACACACUGCACCACUGGCCGUCACACAUCCAGAAACAACGAAAAAGUGCCGCCAGUUGAGAGAACAAUUGUUGCAGGACAGCAAAUGUAGCAAGCAUCAAAUAUUUCAAUUGCUUAUUUUCACGGCUGACUUGGAACUUAAAUUUAAAAAGAUGCUCAAAAAAAUGUUGGAUGAUAAGAAACUCAUGUGGGAUAACAAUAAAAAGGAAGCUGCUGAUAGAUUAAUGGAAUUAAGUGAAAUCUUUGAUGGAGCUAAACCUCUGACUAGAGUGGAAAAAAAUGCAAAACUUCAGGACUGGUUUUACAAGAUGAGCAAUCAGAUUAACCAAUUGGAUUAUGACGAUUCAACUGCAGCUGGCAGACGAAUUGUUCAACUUAUACAAGCUCUUGAAGAGGUGCAAGAAUUCCAUCAGCUGGAGAACAUAAUGCAGGUUAAACAGUUCUUGACGGACACACGAUCGUAUAUGCAUCAAAUGAUUAAAAUUAUCAACAUAAAAGAGGAAUCGUUGAUUAAUCUGCAAAUUGUUGCAGAUGUGUCAUAUGCCUGGAAGAUCAUUGAUAGGCAAAUGCAGAGGGGAAUAAUCAAGGACCCUUCUCUUGUUAUCAAACUGAGAGCCACCUUCCUUAAAUUAGCAUCGGCCUUAGAUCUUCCACUGUUACGAAUCAACCAAUCAAACAGUUUGGAUUUAGUGAGCGUUUCAGAAUAUUAUUCAAAGGAGCUAGUUGCCUAUGUUCAACAAGUUUUGCAGAUAAUUCCAGAAACAAUGUUCACAUUGUUAGCUCGCAUCAUAAACUUAUUGACGAGCAGCAUCAAAGAGGUGCCCACAAGGCUUGACAAAGAAAAGAUGAAAGAUUAUGCUCAGCUAAAUGAAAGAUAUGAAGUUGCCAAACUGACGAAUUCAAUUUCGAUAUUUGCAGAAGGUAUGCUGAUGAUGAAGCAAACAUUGGUUGGAGUAAUCAAGAUCGAUCCCAAACGUCUUUUGGAGGAUGGGAUUAGAAAAGAAUUGGUUAUGAGAGUUUCCAGAGCUCUCAACGAAACUUUAGUUUUUAAAGCCAAGGCAAGUCGUUCAAACAAUGAACUCUUCACAAAAUUGGAUGAGUUGGGAUACAUAGUUGAUGGUUAUCAUAGAUCGUUUGAGUACAUCCAAGAUUACGUGGAUGUGUGUGGAUUGAAAAUUUGGCAAGAAGAAAUAUCUCGCAUCAUAACUUUUAACAUAGAGCAAGAAUGUAACAGUUUUCUAAGGAAUAAAGUGCUAGGUUGGCAGAGUGUCCACCAGUCACAGAACAUUCCCAUCCCAAGCUUCCCGUCAAUCGAUUGCUCAAUCACUUUCAUCGGCAGAUUGAUCAGGGAGAUACUUCGAGUCACAGAUUCUAGGUGUUCAGUCUAUUCGAACAUAACUAGUACAUGGUAUGAUAUUAAAACUAAGCAAGAAGUGGUUAAUUUGAAACUCUUUGAAAAAAUUGAGAAAUCUCUUGGGACGUGGGGUCUUGCCGGUCUAGACAGACUCUUGAGUUUCAUGAUUGUCCAAACUUUACAAACCUAUACAUCGUUUUUUUCCCAUAUUAACUUUCAACCCAAAUUUUUCCGCUUUCUUCUGACAAGCCUCCCAACAGUACUACAAUCUUUUCCAUGCAUUCUGCAAUCAGACAAACAGCAUUUGCAUAUUCUACUAUCCUCAACCAUCUUCAUCCCGUCAUCUGCUGUUGCACCUUCGUACUUUAAAAUCGGACAAAUGCAGCUGUUAAAAAGGCUGAUUAACUACCAGCUCUCGUCGUCCUGCAAAUUUGAAUCCAAGUUCUUCUAUUCUGCAUUACAGAACAUGAAUGAUAUUUUACUGUCUAAAAUAGAGCUGCAGUGCACAAAUCCCAACAAUGCCGCUUUCGAAUCAUCCUCUCUUCUCUAUGAAUUGUCCAAUUAUAUGGAAUCGUCUGGUUUAUCUAAUCCUUUGGAUAAGGUUUACAUAAGUGCAGAGAAUUCUCCGAGGGUAUCAUUGUUCAACUUCAUCAUGAUCUCAAGCCUUCUACAAAGACUUAAUUGUAAUUUUGCUAAAAGAAUGUCAGACUGUAUUGAUGGGAUUCCCUUUGUAGUGGGCAUCGUCACAAUUAUGAAGCAGUACCAUCUCAAAUCAAGUCUUGAAUUUGUUAUGAUACUCAGUAAACAUGCUAAGACACUUGUCCAACCACAAAAGUUUGUCUCAUAUUUUCUUCUUUAA